AAGCUUUUAUUUUUAGGGGAUUAUAGAUUUUUUUUUUAUUUUACCCCCUCCAUUUUGGAAAUUUUUUGGGGUUCUUACGAAAGCUUUGUGAGAUUAAAUUAUGGCUACCAUGGCAACGACAGUAAUUUGUCCGCAGAUUCAAUUUGGACGAACACAUAUUAUUCCCCUUCAGAAGAUGGUUUUGGCAAGCACAAAAAUCCUUGAUUCUUCAAUUACAACUUUUAGUUCAUGGGAACGUCCAAAUCAAAGGUUAUUGCUCUCUAGUGGAAGAAAAUUGAGGGAUUUGUCUCUUACUACUUUUGCUGUUGGUUCAGGCUUAGAAGCAUCAAUUACUGAUCAGAAGAAGAAGAACGACAUAUCACUGGACAAUGUUAAGGUCGCUGUUGAGUCACGUGAUGACGAGAAGAUCCAUGUUAGAGUGGACUUGACUGCGGAGGAGACGCAAAAAGCAUUUGACGAAGUUCUGACAAACCUGGCUCGCACUGCACCCCCUAUUCCAGGGUUUCGUCGGAUGAAAGGAGGAAAAACAUCCAAUGUGCCAAAGAGCUUUCUACUACAGAUCCUUGGCAAAGACCGCGUUACUAAGUUCCUUAUCCAAGAGGUUGUUAGUACAACCAUAGGAGACUAUGUGAAGAAGGAGAAGUUGAAGGUGAAGAGCCAAUUUAAGACACUCCAAUCAGCAGAGGAACUUGAAUCAGCUUUUGAACCUGGCUCAGAAUUUGGGUUCAAUGCUACAAUUAAUUUCGAAAAAUCAGACCCUGAAACAACUGAACCAAGCUCCUCUUAGCCAUGUACAAACAGGAGUGGGGUUGUCCAAAUUGUCUCACCCUGACCUACCACUUGUGUAGAAAAUAAUGGUGAUGGGUGGUCUCACAGAUAAAAGGAAUGAGGCUCAUCAGGUGACAACAAAGCAGCAGCAAAAGAACUGAUGAUGCCACUUUUCUGGUACUCCUUUGACUUAUACCCCUACAUUAUUGUCAUGUGGUUGUAGAGCCUUUAAACCUAACUAAAGGUCACAGCUUUUCAAUAUGGUAAAGGUUGUGUUACAGCAUGCUUGCUCCUGUUUAAUUGCAAGAAAGAGAAAAAUAUAUAUCUGAUUCAGCUUCCAAUA